CUAUUCACCCUUAGGGGUACGUGUUGCUAGGAUGCACGCUACGCGGAAGUCAUACACAACCAAUGUGGUCAGUGCAGAAAUUCACUGCAACUUCUCGUGUUUUUAGGUCAUUUUGUCCUGUUUUCCCAAAAAAAUGUAGUGUUAUCGGAUUGGAUUUUGUUAAAGACUCCCUUGUAAAUCCCGCGAGUGAAAAGAAAGGAAUCUUGCUGUUUCCUCUUUUGAUUGAAUUUCUGCAGCAAGAAAGGAUGACCUAACGAUACCAAUGCCCUGCCCAUCUUAAUCCGCAUCUUGUCUGCAUCAUCUGCAAUCUAGGAGGAUGGAAUCCUGCAUCCCUGCUGGCAAGACACGAUACCCUCGCAAGACACAGACGGCGGUCUCUUACCAGCAUCUGGACUGUGACUUCAUCACCGCAUCCCGUCAAGAUGCCGCCACGCGUCGCUCGCGUCAUCACGCCAGAGCCAACACCUUGCCCAAGAUAGCCACGGGCCGCAGCGUCCGCAGUGCCAAGAAACUCUGGGAGGACUACGAAUGCAUCGAGGUGCGGUCCAGAGUACAAACGGAGAAUGAGAAACAACCCGAGGUACCGCCACUGAGAGUCCCCAAGAAUCCCCACAGUCUCUACAAACACCCCGUUAAGGCGGUCAAACCAUUCCACAUCUUACACAGUCCGUCCGACUAUGGAGAAGCCAAGCAUCAAUUGCGGGAGCUCUAUGCGCAGGUCACUUAUCUGACCAACGCUGUGAGGAACUGUGACGGAUCAGCCAGUUACAAGGGCAUGUGCAAACGCCAACGCAGCUAUCGCAGCGACGACAACAACCCCUUACAUCUGCACUGGCCCUCCUCGGACGACACCAUACCAAUACCCCGCCUCCUGUUACCAGUGAUGCCGGGUACCAACACCAAGUGGUACUCUUGGAAGGUGGACACACCCAGAGAGGUGGCCUCCCCACGGGGGAGGGGCGAGCACCUGGGCAGGGGAAGUGACAAGAGAGUUGCUGCAUCCGCACCAGUUUCCCGAAGUUUGGACUUUCUUGAGAGAUACGGCAAGAAUGCAAGCCGUGUUGCAUUUACUGUGGACGACACUGAAGGAAGGCGGUCAAAGAACAGCAAAAAUACCGACACGAAGUCCAGAGACGGUCACUUGAGCGUCAGAACCCUCGAAGGGACAGAGGUUACCGAAUCCCUGGCUUCAAGUUCGCUGUCCUCAAUUGUGAAAUACGACGCGGGCAAAUUCAAACUGAAAGAGCACGAAGUGAUUGCUGGAAAAGCUAUUUUUCUGACACAGUCAGAGCCUAGGAAAAUGUCGAGUGUACAGGAGAUGCACACAGAUGUAGCAGGUGUCAGUUGCCAUGGAGAUGAAGAGGAAAAAGGAAAGGAGACAAAAACAGUGAGGACUACGUCAGAUAAUGUCACUGAAGAAAAAGAUGAAGGUUUGCCAGAUGUGGUCCGGGAACAGACUCCCGAGGAUGAAAUGGACGUAGUUGCAAGAGCAAAUGUUGCGGCGACGGAACCAUCAAAAAAUGCUGCAUUGGAAGAGCCUCAAAAUUCUACACAAGAUGCUGCUGUUGCAAGUGAGGACCUUCAACAAGACACAAAAUUGACUGAGCAGGUUUCCAUGGGAACCGUUAAUGAAUUGGCGGAAACUGGUUCGGAUAACGGCCAUGAAAAUGACUCCGGUGAUGCAACACGUGAUGAUAUGCAACACAGCAAAGACAAUGCCUCUGUUACCAUGGCAACAGAUGGAGCCACUAGUAAUCAUGAUGCCAGUGAAGAUCUAGAGAACACUGAAGAUGUUGACAAUGGGAAUCAGGAUGGAGAAAAUCUUCCCGCUGUUACCAUGGCAACAGAUGGAACCACUAGUAAUCACGAUGCCAGUGAAGAGCCAGAGAACACUGAAGAUGUUGACAAUGAGAAUCAGGACGGAGAAAAUGUUCCCGCUGACAAGGUCGAGGAAAGUCCAGACAAUCUAGACUCUGGAAAAAUGUCUCAAGACAAAGGCAGUUCUUGUGAAGUCGAAGAGGACAAUGAACAAAAAGACAAUAAUUCUGGAGAUGCUUCGAAAGAAACACUGAUAACGGAUCAGUCUGAAGACAAUGAUACAUGAUUGUGUCAACUAAAUUUGUUGUUUCAAAACUGGACUGUUUCUGAAGUUAUCCUUUAUUUUUGCUAGCAUAUACAUGUAUGUAUGAAUAAGAUCUGAAUGUUGUUAGGCCAAAAUAUGACGUGGUACUACCAGGCACAAUUGGGCAAAACUACGAAUGGAGAAACAUCUGCCAUAUGACAUGGGGUGAUUUUCAGUUUUUUAUUGCGAUUUUCAUAAUAAAUUUUUGAUUUUUUUUUUUUGGCAAAUCAAUAAAAGGCCAGUUUCUUUGCUUCUGUAUACCUGUCGCCAAGGUAAUGUUGUUUCAUAAUGACACCUUUUCCGAAUAACUUUUUUUCGCAAAACUCAAACUUAAAAGACCUGUUUCUCAUAUUUGACAUUUUGGACAGUCUGAUGUCAAAAUUCAAUAACUUUGCUUUGGAAUAUCCAAUUUCAAUAAAAACAAAGCAGCGUUUGAAAUAUUUUACUAAUAUUGCAAUAACUGAAAAUUUAGUUCUUGCUCAAUUGUGCCUGAUUUUGACAUACCACAUCACAAAUGUGGAGCUACUAAACUGAAAAAUAACACUCAAUUUUUGUUUGAAAUUGGGCAUGAGGCAAGUUGAUUAAAAUCUCAAAUUGCAAAACUUUAGAAACAAUAUACACUAACUUAAUUUAACACCUUACAAAAAAGGGAAAUAUUAACAUGAGUAUGGCUCAAAUGCUUUUAUUUUUUUUUAACUUUUCAAAACUUCAUACUAACACGAAAUAAUUUGUACUGAGGUAAAAAAAACACAGAAAAUAAGUUAAUUUUCCAAUUUGUUUUUACACCCGCAUUGGAACUUUGAUAUUGGCAAGACAAUUACAAGAUAUCAAAAACACAAAAAAAUAUGCAAUAAUGUAAAAAAUAGAAUAACGUAUUGUUAUACAAAUAAUGAAUGUUUGUGAGUGCAAUGGACAGAAUAAUUUCAUUUGGUGACAGAUGGAAUGUUCCAUUCCACGAGGCGAAGCCCAGUGGAAUGGAACAUUCCAUCUGUAACCGAAUGGAAUUAUUCUUUCCAUUGCAUAAAUGUGAAACAUUCAUUAUUUGUUUUAUACAACACCUGAAUAAAUCUCGUCAUCUGAUUGGUCUGAGCCACCAAUCAUGUGACCGUGCAAAGGAACUUCCAUUUACUGUGGAAUGGAACUUCUAUUUUUACAGUGCAGCCGCGCCCUGCAUUGGGACAAAUAAUUCAAUGACACGUGAUCAACAAACUACCAAUCAGAUGACAGGGAUUUAUUCAGGCACUGUAUAAAAUCUAGUGUAACUGUCGAAACUUUGAUGUGCAAAUAAAUUAUUUUGAGACUAAAUGAUAUACAUGAAUGGUGUCUUUUUUUCCUAAUCUAACUGUUUAUAAAUGUUGACAAGUAAACAAAGUAUAUUUAC